AUGGCAUUUAUAAACAUUACAAAUAUAGUUUUUGACCAAGACACAGCUCUUUUCAAUACACCAAUUCAAAUGUAAAUCACCUUUGAAGUUAUGAGAUAUUUAGAUUCAGAGAUUGACUGGAAGUAUGAUAAUUUAAUAUUUUAGACUGAUUUACAUAGGGUGUCCUAAUGAUGAUAAACAAGAUCAAGUGCUUGAACAAUUUUCAAUGCCUCCACUUUAAUAAGGGAUGAUGCAGUUUACAUUAAUGAGUGCUGGUCCAAAGUUAGAGUUAAUACAUGGCAAAGAUAAUUUAUUUGGCGCGACAGCAAUUAUUCUUAGUGUAAAAUAUAGAAACUAAGAAUUCUUUAGAGUAUUUAUUUUAGGUAAAUAUUAUCAUAGGUUGGGUAUUACGUUUAUAAUUCUUAUUUGGAUUCAGAUUUAAUUGAAAAUGAUCCCCCUUAUGUUGUAAUCGAUAAAGUUUAUCGAUAAAUCAAUACUUCAACACCAAGAAUUACAAGAACAAAUAUAGAUUGGGAAGGAUAAAUGGUUUAACUUUAUGUUAAUCCAUCAUAAUCCAAUAGUUAAUUUAUGUUUUAAUAACAACCAAUAUUUAAUGAUAUAACUAAUAAUCAUUAAGAGAAGAUCAUUUAACAAUAAUAUUUAGAAUAACAAAACAAAUCUAUAUUUAAUAUUAACUAAAGUCUAAAUAUUUAAAGCAUUUUUUGA